CACAGUGGCAGACACGCAUUGACAGACUAGUCCUUCAGCUGGUGCCUUUGUUUUGCUUCGCUGCAAUGGAGAGUUCUGAUGAUAAUGAAAUACCUGGUCCUAGUGAAAAACAAUACAGCUCGUCUAAUCCAGCUGCAGUUAAAUCUGCACCCGAACAUGCUGGUGCUGUUGCAGGUGUGUACACAAAUAAAGUUUUUUUUUUUUUUCAUCACUGCUAAGGAGGUUAUGCUUUCGUUUUUUUUUUUUUUUGUCUGCUUGUCUGUGAACAGGGUAAUCCCACUCAACAGCUAUGGAAGGAUUUUACUGAAAUUUUUAGGAUGGUUGGAAACGAAGUUGGCGAGAUUUUUUUUCAUUAGGUAUUAAUAAUUUUAAGAAAUAUGCCAACUGCGGGGAGACACGAGUCUCACGACUGCUUGACGGGUGGUCUGCGCUCUCUGAAUGCUUUAUAUGUUAUUUAUUGUUUCUGACAAUGUCUUUAUGUCCUCUAGUAUUUUCCAGUUUACAACAUUUUGUUUCUGUGUCAUUCGCAAGUGUGUGUGUGUGUGUGUGUGUGUGUGUGUGUGUGUGUGUGUGUGUGUGUGUGAUAAGAGACAAAACACUGGUAUUUUUUUUACCGCAUAUGGUAAUAUAUUUCAGAUUCCGUUGCAGUUAUUUCUGACGAGGAAGAAGAGCUAGAUAACACCCCCAAAAAGAAGAAGCGUAAAUGGUACUUUCAAGGUUUUAACCAAGAGUGGUUGACGCAUCCAGAUUUGAAAGAUUGGUUACAGAUGCAUCCGACUGACAAGAACAGUGCUGUUUGUAAAGUUUGUGAUACAAAAUUUAAGAAUUCAAAUAAGACAGCUCUUCUAGCUCAUAAAGACUCAAAAAAACACCAGAAAAAUUCUCUUGCUAAAAGAUCCAUCACUCAAAUCCAGAGUUUCUUUAAACCAAAACAGGAGACAGUGACUCUGAAUGAUAAAAUUGCUAAGGCAGAAGUUUUACUAGCAGGUUUCAUGGCUGAGCACCAGAUGCCAUAUAAACAAGCUGACCACCUUACUGAAACUUUGAAAGUCAUGUUUCCAGAGUGUGAAGUUGCGCAACACAUGACAAUGAAACGCACUAAAGCUAGCUAUAUAAUACAGGAAGGCAUUGCUCAUGAGGAGCGUAAUGAGGUUGCACAAAUAUGUAGAAAGCAAAAGUUUUCCAUUUUAAUUGACGAGUGCACUGAUGUUUCAGUUUCUCAAGUUUUAGCAGUUGUAGUAAGAUACUUUGAUGUAAAAACUGAGGAAGUAGUGGAUGCAUUGUUAGAUACGGUAGAGGUAGAUGAUGGUAGUGGUGAGGGCCUUUACAAAGCUGUAAGAACACUCCUGGAGGAACGAGGCAUACCUUUGACAAAUAUCAUAGGGUUUGGCAGUGACAACUGUGCCACCAUGAUGGGACAUAAUAGUGGCUUUCAGGCACUACUAAAGAAAGAUCUCCCUUCAGUGUUCGUGCUAGGAUGCGUCUGCCACUCAUUUGCUCUUUGUUCUAACUAUGCUAGCAAAUGUCUCCCAUCAUUUCUGGAAUCCUUCAUGAAAAAUGUUACUUCUUACUUCUCACGAAGCAGCAAACGUCAGAAUGAUUUUAACUUAAUUCAGAAUGCAGUAAAGGCUGCUGAUCACCAAAUUUUGAAAUUGUCACAAACUCGUUGGCUGUCUCGUGGGAAAGUUAUUGAACGGCUUCUGGAGCAAUGGGAUGCCCUCAAAUUGUAUUUUCAGAGUGAGGCUAUCACAGACACAGACAAAGUAGAUGGAGCAAGUGGGAUUUACAAGGUCAUGACAAGUGAAGGAACGAAGCACAUGCUUCUGUUCCUAAAUAAUAUCUUGAAGAAAGUGUGCAUGCUCACCUGGUUUACUCCCCUGGUGGGCUUCCCAACCCCACAGUCCCCAUGGGGAUGA